ACCAGAAUUCAGUUUAAUUGAAGCCGCGGUAAAGAAAGGAAAUCUGGGUGAUGAUGAAAAACAUUAUCAACUGCUUAGGGGCGAUCUGCUUUUUGUUCCUAAUUGUGACUGACCAUACAGAGUCGGCGAACAGAUUUAAUGUAAGCUUUUCCCAGCUGGAAUCCUGCGAAAGCUACUCUAUUCCAAAUUUAGGAUAUGGCUACCGAAACUUCUUUAUGCUCAAUGAACUAAGCAACAACAACAGAAAAGCCGGGGAGCGGCUGCACUUGAAAUUUUACGUAUUGACCUCCAUGGAUGCUCACAUCCUGCUCUCCGUGACGAAUCAUCCUCGGUUACGUGAUCGAGUUUAUGAGAUUGUGAUAGGCGCCGGCGGAAAUACGUUUUCCGCAAUCCGUACCGUAAUGGGAAUGUUGCGGGUGGCCACGAGUCAAGAACCGAACUUGGUAUCACUGUACGAGCCAACCCCAAUUGAGAUUGUCCAGACACAGAAUGGCGAGCUGUUUGUUUACAUUCCCGGCUUCAAGAAGGAACCCCUGCUGAAGUUUAUCGAUGAAUCACCGCUGGCCAUCAACUACCUAAGUUUCAGCUCCUUUGGUUCUAAUACAGCAAGAUGGUUCUACGACUGUGGAUUCGAUGGCUAUAAUAUGGAAAUUUCUCCGGAAGGCCACGAGCCAACGGCGGCUGAGAAACUUCUAAGCAAACUGAACAUCCAGGCGGAGAAUGCUAGUUUGCCGGUCAAUCUCAGUUCCAUAUCGUUCCACUUCCAAACGCGAUCACUUGCCUACGAACAAACCAAUUCCUUGCUUCAGACCCGAAUGCACAUGAUGAUGCACUGGCAGGACACACGUCUUGUUUGGAAACCCGAAGAAUUCGGUUCUCUGCAAUCCUUCGAACACCGUGAUCUGCGAAUAUGGACGCCUCACAUGAACGCCCUUAACGGAGCCCUGCAAUCCAUGGGUGAAGUCCUCCGAUCCUAUGAACUUCGAGUUUAUGCCAACGGCAACAUCACCCUAUAUGCCAGCAACCUGCAGCUGACCACUUGGUGUGUGGACAGUGCCCGAAACUGGCCAAACGAACGGGUGACUUGUGACAUCGAACUGGGUCUCAUUAGUCAAGAGGGGCAGCAAAACAUAGCGCUUAUCUAUGAUCAUCAGCGCAAGCCCAUUGCACCCAAUGAGCACGUUAACAUGCCGUCCGGCUGGUCAUUCCCGAAAUUGUCGGUGGUGGAAGUGGAUAAUGAUGCGAUGAGACGAUAUAACCCAAAAGGAAUAAUGCAGAAGAUGACUGGUGAUGUGGCCAUUGAGUACACAUUGCAAAGGAACAGAAGCUUCUAUAUGACAGUUUUUUAUUUGCCGCUGAUCGCCUGCCAAAUCUUCUUGAUAAUGUCUUUUGUGCUGCGAUCUACUCGUAGAAGUUCCCUGAUAAUCAUCGCCUUCUUAAUACUGGCUUGGGGUUUAAUGUACAUGGCACGGCACGCCUCCCCGCAUUAUGUGCCGCCCCUUAUGACUUCAUAUAAGGCCGUAAUGAUGGUCGCCACCUAUUGCUACAUCCUGCACGUUUGCAUCAUAUGGCUGGAGUUGUAUCCACCAAGAUCGAAGGCUCCUAGCUCCUUGGUUGCAAUGUUAAGUUCGAAUGUGCUGCGGUGUAUUCUAGGAUUGAGAUUCACGGAUUCCAACGACUACUGCGACAUUGAAGAGAAUCCUUGGCGUCACCUGGCCAAGAUCCUGAACAACCUAAGCUCUGUUUUGGUGGCCAUUGUCUUCGCCGUUGUAGAUAUUAAAAGUGGGGUUUGAAAAACUACAUUUUUCUUUAUUGUGCCUUUGAAAGAAUAUUAAUGGUUUCUUAAAUAAAUAAAGAGUAAUCAGUGAA